CUGCGCUGUGUGUAGGUAGUGAGUGUAAUGGGGGUGCACGGAUCAUACCCCUCUGCUCUGGCAGGCUCUAUUGAUUUGCUAUGAGGAGACCCGGCCGGACCCCAUCAUUCAGCCCACGGGUCGCCCACUGAAUAAACAGAGAGGAGACUGACAACAUGGGCUCUAGCCUCCCCUCCUCCAGGAUGCUGAUAGAUUGAUACAUUGUAACCGAGAGGCUGCUGAACUGUGUGAUGAAGAUGGUGUUUGCCCAUGGAAUGGAUUCACAUAUGCCUCAUCUCAUUCUGCCCACUGUACUGUACCAAAUACCAAAUACAAGUGUUGUCACCUGCCCUAUGCCAGCUGGAGAUCCAUGGGUACCUGGACUCUUCAAAGAUGAAACAAGUGUGAGAAGGAAUACCACUGUACCAAUUCAACUUCUUUUUAAUGGAGAGGUAGCUGCUGCUGGCCUUGUCUUUGGAGUCAUAUGGAUCCUUUCGGUCUUUGGCAAUAUAUUGGUUUGUCUUGUCAUCCAUCGGAGCCGGAGGACUCAAUCUACCACCAACUACUUUGUAGUGUCUCUGGCAUGUGCGGACCUACUAUUGAGCCUCGGAAGUGCUCCUUUUGCCUUACUGCAGUUAACUUCUGGCCGCUGGAUACUAGGUAGUGCCAUGUGUAAACUAGCACGGUAUUUCCACUACUUGACUCCAGGUGUCCAGAUUUAUGUUCUUCUGUCAAUCUGUCUGGACCGCUUCUAUACCAUCUUGUACCCGCUGAGCUUUAAAGUCUCCAGAGAAAAGGCAAAGAGGAUGAUAGUGGCUUCUUGGGUGUUUGAUGCAGCUUUUGUUUCCCCUGCAUUUUUCUUUUAUGAUGCUGUGGAUGGCCAUUGUAACUUUUUUCCUCCCUUGUCCUGGGAUGGUGCUGCUUAUGGAGUGGCACAUUUAUUGGUGGGCUUCAUGGUUCCUUCUGUCCUCAUCAUCCUUUUCUACCAAAAGGUAGUGAAAUACAUAUGGCGCAUUGGCACUGAUGGAUUCACUGUUAGACGGACAAUGAACAUUGUACCCAGGACCAAGGUGAAAACCAUCAAAAUGUUCCUAAUGCUCAACACGAUUUUUUUGGUGUUCUGGUUGCCCUUCUACAUUGUGCAGCUGUGGCACCCAGAUGAGAGUGACCGGCGGCAGAGUAGCUUGGCGUACUUGGCAGUUUCCUGGCUCUCAUUUGGGUCUUCAGCUGCCAAACCCACACUAUACUCUGUCUACAAUGCCAACUUCCGGCGUGGCAUGAAAGAAACAUUCUGUAUGUCCUCCAUGAAAUGCUAUAGGAGCAAUGCAUACACUAUUACCACCAGUUCUCGUAUGGCCAAGAGGAACUAUGUGGGUAUCUGUGAAAUACCAGUGCCAACGAAAGCCACAGUUAAGGAGUCUGUUUAUGAUUCCUUUGAUCGUGAAGCAAAAGAGAAGAAACUUGCUUGGCCCAUUGACUCCAACCCUCCCAACACCUUUGUGUGACACAGAGUUUGGGCCACUGUUUUCGAUAAUAUAGUCCCAACCAAUUUGCUGUCAGAGGGAAUCACAUAUUUUUGUAGAACUGUCAGACAGCAAAUAGGUUAAAUGUGAACUAAUUACUGAUAGGAAAACUAAAGUGGUUCAAAACAUCUUACAAAAGAACUGUGCCUAAUGUUAAAUCCCUCCUUGAUUCAUAAAAAAACUGGAAUGUUCCAGAUGAUAUUUUCUGAAGUUUUAAGCAAUAUUUAUGCUGUUAACCUAGGAAAAAGAAUCGUUUGAGAGGGGAGUGUGGUUGUUUUAAGUGGAACAUCAAUAAAUGGUUAGUGUUUUGUGGGGUGAAGGCAACACUUGAGUGACUGUGACUGGAUUGAUAAUACCAAUACAUUUUCCCACUCCACGCACAAUCCAAGCUACAGUGUUGCGUAAAUAAACAGAUGAUGGUUACCUUUGUCAGGUCACUGAUAGAAAGGUAGAACUAGUUAAAAAAAUAUUUGUUUAACAUCACAGAUCGCUGUGAUUCAAUCAUCUUUCUUGGUAAAUAUUGGUGACAUUUGCAUCUCAGGAGACACACAAAAAAGCAGUUUUUAUCACUGAACGUGUAAUUGAAACUCAUGCCAGCUUUCUAAAAUUUGUGGAGACAAGAAGACUCAACACUAAUGAUAAAAAAAUAAAUAAUUGUUGUCUUGUAAGGUAUAAACAUAAUUGUUUACGAAAGGGCUGUUUCAAUAAAAUAAUCCUACUCGUUUGAUUGAUUUGUGA